CUUUCAGUUUUAGCUUUCAUACCUAUUUUCAAGCGUCAGAUCGUCUCGCCGCUUCGGUUCCUCCGGUGUCUGGCUGGUAGAGUGGUAGUGCUACAUCCCCGCCACCUUGCGGCGAAGGUGGUGCCACCGCCGCCGCCCCCUCCCUCGCCUCCUUUCAAAUCAAAUCCGAUCUUCUCCGUCCCCAAUUUGAUACGCUCGCUAAUGGCUUGGCUUCGAUCUCUCUCUCGCCUAUCCCGCUUCACUUCAUCUUUCUCCUCUGGGAUUCCGCCCGAUCGAUCCCCUUCCUCCUUCUCCGCCACCACUAGGUUUUCCGGAUUCUGCUCCGGUGCUUCCACCUCGAACGGCUAUGCUGGCCUUGGUCCUACGAGGCCCGGGCUGGACAAGCCGAGGUUGGUGGUGCUCGGAACCGGGUGGGCCGGAUGCCGGUUGAUGAAGGGCGUUGAUGCCCGCCUCUACGACAUCGUUUGUGUCUCCCCAAGGAACCACAUGGUCUUUACCCCGCUUCUCGCCUCAACUUGCGUCGGCACGCUCGAGUUCCGCUCCGUCGCUGAGCCCAUCGGCCGCAUCCAGCCCGCGAUCUCAACAGCCCCGGGUUCGUACUUCUUCCUUGCUCGCUGCACGGCUGUUGAUCCUCAUGCGCACACGGUACACUGUGAGGUUGUCAUGGAUCAAGAAGGUUUAGAAAAUGCUAAAGAACCAUGGAAGUUUAAGUUAUCAUAUGACAAAUUGAUUAUUGCGGCUGGAGCAGAGGCCUCAACUUUUGGUAUACAUGGUGUAAAAGAGCAUGCAAUCUUCCUGCGGGAAGUUCAUCAUGCCCAAGAGAUUCGUAGAAGACUUCUCCUCAAUUUAAUGCUCUCUGAUGUACCUGGCAUAUCAGAGGAUGAAAAAAAGAGACUAUUGCACUGUGUUGUAAUUGGAGGAGGCCCUACAGGUGUUGAGUUCAGUGGUGAACUAAGUGAUUUCAUCAUUAAAGAUGUCCAUGAACGCUAUUCACAUGUUAAAGACUACAUCCAUGUUACCCUGAUUGAGGCUAAUGAGAUAUUGUCAUCAUUUGAUGUUCGGCUCCGACAAUAUGCCACGAAGCAGUUAACUAAGUCAGGAGUUCGCCUUAUGCGUGGGAUUGUAAAAGAUGUUCGACCUGAAAAAGUUAUUCUUAAUGAUGGAACAGAAGUUCCAUAUGGGCUUCUUGUAUGGUCUACUGGUGUUGGCCCUUCUUCAUUCAUUCAAUCUUUAGAGCUCCCAAAGUCCCCUGGGGGAAGGAUUGGCGUUGAUGACUGGUUACGUGUUCCUUCUGUACAGGAUGUGUUUGCCAUAGGUGACUGUAGUGGGUUCCUUGAAAAUACAGGAAAACCAACACUACCAGCCUUGGCACAGGUAGCUGAAAGGCAGGGAAAAUAUCUAGCUAGCUUGUUGAACCAAAUUGCUAAAGCUGGUGGAGGCUAUGCAAAUGCUGCAGCUAAUAUACAAUUAGGUGAUCCUUUCGUCUAUAGGCAUCUAGGAAGCAUGGCAACUGUUGGAAGAUACAAAGCUCUUGUAGAUCUCAGGCAAAGCAAGGAGGCUAAGGGACUUUCUCUUACGGGAUUUAUUAGCUGGUUCAUCUGGCGAUCGGCAUAUUUGACUCGUGUAAUAAGUUGGAGGAAUAGAUUCUAUGUUGCAAUAAACUGGCUUACUACUUUCGUGUUUGGUCGUGAUAUAAGUCGCAUCUGAAGUGAAUAAUCCAGGUGCCAAAUGCUUCUCCGCGUAUCAUGGUAGAUAUAGACCACUCAAAGACAAUGGAAAAAUAAAAUUUAUCUUCUUUUAAUUCAUGCGUUCUUGCUUAUUCCUGCUGUGCUGGUUUGUAACGCAGUUACGCAGACAACAUGAAUAGUUAUGUGAUUAAAUGUAUUAUUGAUGUUAGAUAUUUAACAUACUUUUCAUUGGUUUCACUAGAAAUAUUUUUAGUCAAUAGAUAAAAA